AUGGGAUACAAGAAUUCAAAUGUCUACGUUGCCCGGCAAAUGGACAUUAUCCUUGACGCCAUCGAUGCCGCUAAGACAUACUGUGACGACCUCGUUGUCUCAGACAGCUCCCUCGACGAACACAUCGCCAACCUCAGACAAGUCCUCCGGCGCCUCAGACAAUUCAACAUCUCCAUGGGCCCUGACAAGUCCUUCGUCGGCUUCCCCAACUGGGAUGUUGGCGAUGCCCGCCUCGUUGUGUACUCGGAAAGAGGUGUUUCGUUAGGUCAUCACGCACUGUUACGGGUAUAG